AUGAAGAUAUCUUUCAUUGAUGCCAAGAAUGCUUGUGAUCAUCUGUCAGGCUUCAACGUCCGCAAUCGCUACCUUGUCGUUCUCUACUACCAAUCUACCAAGGUAAAGUAGACUAACUAUAUUAUUUGUUCAAGAUGGGUCUGUCACUUAGACAGCAUGACUCGUGGUGUCUUUCAUGGGAAAUGAAAGGACAAUAGAACCAAAAUAAUAUUAUUUUCUAGCUGAUCAAACAUAACUAUUUUGCAAGUCCCUUGGCCUUUCUUCAUAUCGAGGUUCUACUGUACUUUAGUCAAAUCCAAUGUUUAUUAUUUAUUUCUUUUUUUAUUCAGGCUUUCCAAAAAUUGGACAAGGAAAAGAAGAGACAGAAAUUGGAGAAAAUGAAAGAAAAAUAUGGAAUCAACAAGGACAAGUGA